AUGGGAGCCCACGAUGCGGCCUUCCUCCGGGACUCAUCGACCGACAACUCCGUCGCCGGGAACCAGUACUACAAUGCCACAAAAGCCUUGAACGCCGGCAUCCGACUGCUCUCGCUCCAGGUACACAACUCCAACGGCACACUUCAGCUAUGCCAUACAACGUGCGCCCUGCUCGACGCCGGCACCCUCGAGGACUUCCUGGCCAAGAUCAAGUUGUGGAUGGACGAAAACACGAACGAGGUCGUCACCCUGCUGAUCGUGAACUCGGACGAUGAGGACGUCGCCUCCUUCGGCAAGGUCUUCGAGAGCUCCAACAUCUCCUCGUACGGCUACACACCCGCUACCGUGAGCGCCAGCAACACCUGGCCUACCCUUCGGACCAUGAUCGACGACGGGACGAGGCUGGUCACGUUUAUCGCCACCGUCACUUACUCAACCACCUACCCUUACCUCCUCAACGAGUGGGACUUCGUCUUCGAGACCGCCUAUGAGGUUACUUCGCUCGCGGGCCUGAACUGCACCAUCGACAGGCCCUCAGGCCUGUCCGAUGCCAGCUCCGCCAUUUCAUCGGGCUAUCUGCCCCUGAUGAACCACUUCGUUUAUCAGUCCAUUACCUCCUCCAUCGAAGUUCCCAACGUCGAGAUCAUCGACACCACCAACAGCCCCGACACGAGCUCCGUCGGCACGCUGGGCCAGUCCGCCUACAAGUGCAACUCAGAGUGGGGCACCGCCCCCGUGUUCGCCCUGGUCGACUUCUACAGCGAGGGCCCGGCCAUCGAGACGGCCGACAACCUCAACGGCAUCACCGCCGAGGGGCGGUCGGACAGCAGCAGCGCCACGAGCGACGCGGCCUCGGGCAUUGGUUCUGCUGGUGCCAAGACCGGCGCCCUGGUUGCGUUCCUUGCUGCGGCUGUUUUGAUCUUCUAA